AUGGCACGCCCUUCUAAUUAUUCUGAUCAACAAGCUCUCAUUGCUUUCAAGGGGUCUCUGCUUCUCGAUCCAUUUAAUUCCCUCCUUCAUUGGUCUCGCAAUCACACAUUCUGCAAUUGGACUGGUGUUACCUGUUCUUCUGCUCGGCAGCGUCUUGUUUCCUUGAAUCUCACAAGCAUGGGAUUAAUUGGCCCAAUCUCUCCCUUUCUCGGAAAUCUUUCCUUCCUUAGAGUACUUGCUCUCCCUAAUAAUAGUUUGGAGGGCCAUAUUCCAUAUCAGCUUGGAAGGCUAUUCCGCUUGAGAGUGCUUCGGUUGUCUAAAAACAAUUUGGAAGGUCACAUUCCCUCCUCUCUAGGAGCCUGUCGUUCUUUGCAAUCUCUCAUACUGUCGUUUAACAAUUUGAGUGGAAACAUUCCCUCUGAACUUGGUCUUCUUUCAAAUUUAGAAAUCAUGUACUUAGGAUUUAACAACUUGACAGGCAUUAUCCCGCCUUUCUUAGGAAACCUGUCCUUUUUAAUUAGGCUUGAUUUAGGCGGAAAUAGACUCCAAGGUAGUAUUCCUGCUGAGUUGGGUAUGCUUAGUCAGCUCAUCAGGCUUUCAAUUGACAGCAAUAGCUUAACAGGACCGAUCCCCGUGGCCGUUUCAAAUUGCACUCGUCUCCAAGUGUUGGUGUUAAGUCAGAACAACUUAAACGGCCCAAUUCCAUGGGAGUUUGGAAGGCUGUCAGAGUUGCAAUAUGUGUAUUUGUGGGGAAACCAACUCACUGGAGAAAUACCCAUCUCACUGGGCAAUUGGACUCACCUGCAACGGUUGGAUUUGAGUGGCAACCAAUUGAGCAGCACAGUGCCCCUGGAAUUCGGGCAAAUGCAGCAGCUGAAAGGGUUAAAUUUGUGGCAAAAUCAUUUAGGGAGUGGAAGCAGUGGUUUGUCUAUUCUAACAUUCUUAACUAAUUGCUCCAGCUUGGCAUUUCUUGAUUUGGGAUCUAAUUAUCUCACUGGCAUCUUGCCCAUUUCAAUUGGUCGCCUUUCAAAUUCACUUUCAUACUUAGAUUUGUGGUCAAAUGAAAUUGGGGGAAAUAUACCAGAUGAGAUUGGUAAUCUAACAAAUUUGACAGAAGUACACCUAGAUGCAAACCGAUUCAAAGGGACCAUUCCAUCUGCACUCAGUAAACUUCCGAAUUUGGAGAGACUAACUUUGGACACAAACAAUUUACACGGAAGAAUUCCAAAAAGUUUUGGCCAAUCAAAAAGACUUGGAUUGUUGUCACUCAGCGAGAACAUGCUUUCAGGACAAAUUCCAGAAAGUCUUGGCAAGCUUCCACAAUUAAGAAGGCUUUAUCUUCAUCACAAUCAGCUAUCAGGGAAAAUACCUGCCAGUUUAGGGAGAUGCAAGACGUUGGAAAUGGUGGACUUGGCGCAUAACAAGCUAACAGGAAAUAUACCUCCUGAAGUUGCAGGUCUUCAGAAUCUCCAGUUCUAUUUCAACGUUUCCGGAAAUUUAUUGCAAGGUUCUAUUUUGGAAAUGAGCAAAAUGAUUAUGGUUUUAGCCAUAGAUGUUUCUCAAAACAAUUUCUCUGGUAGCAUUCCCAGUGCAUUGGCAAGUUGCAAGGGGCUGGAAUAUCUAAAUCUUUCUGGAAAUGCAUUUGAGGGGCCAAUCCCUGCAUCACUAUCAGAUUUGCAAAAUCUGAAGUACAUGGAUCUUUCUUGCAAUAAUUUGUCGGGUACAAUACCGGUGGCUUUCAAAAAGAUGAAAAUGCUCCAACACCUCAAUCUCUCUUCAAACAGGUUAACUGGAGAGGUCCCAAAGGGAGGAGCUUUCGCAACACUUGAUGCCUCAGAAGUUACGAAAAAUCUUGGCCUCUGUGGUAGAUGGAUAAACUUGCCGCCAUGCUCUCAUCCUAAUCACAAACAUCCAUCAGUCUCCAAAAAGGUAAUAAUUCCUGUUGUAGUCGGCAUUGCAAUUUUUAUUAUGUCUCUUCUACUGGUAGUAUUUUCCUAUAGAUCAUGUAGACAUUCCAGUGUCCCUGCUCUUAACGUAUGGCCUCCAAAAAUUUCAUAUGAAGAACUUGUAAAUGCAACUGGUGGGUUCAAUGAUGAAAAUCUUUUAGGAAUGGGCAGUUUUGGAUCUGUUUAUAAAGGGAUUCUAAAGAAUGGUACAAAUAUUGCUGUUAAAGUUCUCAAGUUGCAAGAUGAACAUGCUCACCAAAGUUUCAGCAGAGAAUGCAAUGUAUUAAAGAGAGUUCGGCAUCGGAAUGUAAUUAAAAUCAUUUCAGCAUGCUCCAGCCUUGAUUUUAAAGCCUUAAUUCUUCCAUUCAUGUCAAAUGGAAGUUUAGAGAAAUGGCUAUACCCUCCUGAAGGGGGUGGAUGCAGAUUAAAUUUGAGUGAUCGAAUAAGGAUAGCAAUGGAAAUAGCACAAGGAAUGGCAUACCUUCACCAUUAUUGUUUUGUUCAAGUGAUUCACUGUGACCUCAAGCCCAACAAUGUUCUAUUAGGAGAUGACAUGACUUCAUGCAUAACAGAUUUUGGCAUUUCCAAUAUUAUUUUGGGAAAUUCUAUGGAUUCUUUGACUUCUACAGAUGCACUUAAAGGAUCUGUUGGCUACAUUGCACCGGAGUAUGGAAUGGGUGGAAAUCUUACUACGAAAGGAGAUGUGUACAGUUAUGGAAUUUUGAUUUUAGAGUUGUUGACAAGGAAGAGACCAACAGAGGAUAUAUUCAGUGAAGGAAUGAAUCUACAAAAAUGGAUAGAAAUGAAUUUUCCUAAUAGAAUCUCAGAUGUGGUGGAUAAUUUUCUGCUAAUAGAUGCUCAUGAAUCAGAGACAUCAAUGGUAAUCGAAUGCCUUACUCAAUUUAUAAAAAUUGGGUUGUUUUGCACAAGGGAAGCACCUCAAGAGCGACCAGAUAUGACUGAGAUAAUUGAUAGAUUAAAUGCAAUUAGAGGUGCAUUUAUUGGUACUCCUAAAACUCCUCAAUUACCAAUAGAUAUCACACCUUUUAUUGAUAAUGAAAGAAAUAUGAAAAUGCCUGGGAGGGAAAAUAGGGGAAGUUCGUCUAUACAUCGGUGGGCUAAUAUCGGUGUGGCACGAUAUUGGGAAGGAAAUAUCUUAGCAAUGGGAGCUCAGAAGCUUGAAGAGAGGACGAACAACGAGGCAGAAGUGGUGGGUGUUUCGUCAAAGUGGGCGGCCUCAUUAAAUAUUGAUUGCAAUGAGGUGGUGUGGGAGGAUUACCGAGGAUUGAAUACUAAUGAAAUUGGAGUAAAACGGGUGCUCACACUUAGAUGCGGACACUCAUGGGUUUGCAUGGGCGCUCACACUAGUGCACGGGUGCUCGUGUUGAUGGAGGUUGGAAGGAGGGCUAGAAAGCCGAAGAUGGGGUCGUUGGCUUCGAGGGAGCAAUGGCCUGCUACGAUGAGCUUAUAUUGGGAGUUAGGCUGUGAUGAGCUCGAGGUGCUAGCCACUCUUGGAUUAAAUUAUAUGGGCAGGGAGUAUGCCAGUUUAUCUGCAGGAGUGACACUUCUUCAUAUCUGGGCUUCAGAGCACAUUACAAAUGGCCAGACAGCUCGGGAAGGUUCAGGAUAUAGUGGGAGAUAUCCAGUGUAUCCUCGGAUUAUAAGGGGGGUGAGGUAUUGGGGCCCAACGGAGCACGAUACUACUCGGGCGAGGCUCCAUUCUGUUGAGGAUGAGCUACAAACAGAUAGGGCUGGGAGGGAGAGUAUGGGCGCAGAGGUGGAGUGGCUGAUGCAGGAGAUAUUAGAUUUGACAGAGAGCCUCCAUACUAUGAGGACAGAGGUAGAUGCCUUAAGGAAGGAGAGGGAGGAGUCGGAGAGGAUGCUAGAGGAGGCUCGGAUAGGGACAACUAUAGUGGGCCUUCAGGAUGUUAUUCAUCGAGAGGAUGCCGAGUUAGCAGGGCUUUAG